UGGGCCCGACCCGCCCGGAGACCCCGCCCGCUGUUCCCCGCCCUGCGAUUUGUGAGGAGGGGGCGCGGUUCGGCUCGGCCCGGACACUGGAUGACGUCGGCAGUGACGCGCGCGACCCUCUCUGGGAGGGACCCUGGCCUGGAUCUGGUAGUGAGCGGCUGACGGUGGGCUCCCGGGGGAUUCUCUGCCCCAGACCCUGCUGAGCCUUCCGAGAGGCCUUCUCAGGCCUCGCCUCCAUCCCCUGCCCGCUUAGCAGGGCCUCAGUUUCCCCGUGUGCUGGGGACCCGGGCCCGGGCUUGGCGAAGUGGCCGGUGCAGCUGGGACGCUUCCCGGCGGGGGCGCCCUCGGUGAACUGUGCCAGUGUUGUGGGGGUCGGUGCGUGGGGAUGGGGCCCAGCUUGCAAAGCCUGGCGUAAACUCUCCCGACCCCAACCCACAAACAAAGCAGAUCGGGUCACGGUGAGCCAGCCGGGGUAGGGCCCCCUGGAGAUGGUGAUCUUUGACACACACCUUUUGUGCAAAGAGCAUUCCAGACAGAAAGGCGCAGAUGAAAGCCUGGGGGGUGGGGGGAGAAGGAGGGACAAAAUGCCCCCUCCUCAGGAGCAGGGAGGUUAGUGCCAUGCCCAGACCAGGAGAGACCCCAGCUGGCUGCCUCUGAGCCUUCUCCAGGGAGCAGGGUGUCCUGAGGGGGCAGAACAAUGAUACUGGCGGGGGACACCUGGGCCACUCCACCUGCCAAAGCUCCUCUGUCUUCUCUUCGUGCGCUGGGAGGCCGGGACCCACACAGGCCAACGGUCUGGGGCUUGUCCCAACCCACAUACCUCGCAGCUGCCACCCCCUCAAGAGACCCCAGAUACUGCUGAAUCUCUAAAAGAAGCUCCACCCCAGCUCUUAGCAGACAGGGCAGGAUCCACAGCUGCCCCAAUGACACAGAACAGAACCAGCCCCCUCCGCAGGAGCCUCUGUAGUUUUCGGAGCAGCGGAGGGAUCUAAGCCCAACCUGGAGGGGGCGGAUGCAUAGGAAUCCCCCUUCCAAGGACCCCUUGAGGCUAAGCGAGCUCUGCCCCAGGGCACCUGUACUACUUGCUACCUUUGAGGCCAGGGCCAGGACAAGAGGAACUCAACAGCUGCCCAGGGAGAUGGGGAGUGAGCAGACUGUUCUGUCGGGGGAGCUCGGGCCAAAGUCGGGGGAGUCCCCCGAGGACCCUUCCCAGGUCUGCCUGUGGACAUCUCUACUGCCUCCCCACAAGCCUGGGCAGGCCAGCUCUGCGCCCCAGCCCUCUCCACUUCCUGGACCUCCCUAAGCUGAGGACCUAGACAUCCCGACUGCGGCCCCAGGGGUUUCCACGGCCUGGGACCUGAGCAUCUGAAGGGAUGCUUCACUUCACCCCAUUUCUGCCCCUCCUGGUCCUCCUACCCAGGGACACUCAAUCCAGGGCCACCCUCUGCUCCAGGGCCACGCCUGGGCUUGCGCAUCCAUGCCUGUCCCUCAGUCCAGACUUUGAGAGCUCAAAUCCUUCAGGAGAGGCAGUGCCGGCUUUCCUGACUACAGUCCCUGGCACUAACCCUGAGUUCUCAGUUCUGGUAAGGGAGGCAGACAUGGAACACACCAGCACACAGAGAAAGUGCUGAGGGCACAGGGCAGUCCUGGGGUCUUCCUGGAGGCAGAGCCACUUAACAAGAAUGGCCAGAUGGGGGUGCAUGUGGGUGCCUACACACACCAGCUGGCGCACCCAGCUUUCCUCCCUCACACCUGCUGGAGGUUGGGAACAGCCUGCUGGAAGGCUCAGCCCGGGCUGCCCCACCAGAGGUGGGGUGUGGAAGAAGUUGCCUCGCUGUGGGGUGGGGCAUCUGGUGGUAGAGGACGCAGAUGAGAAGGAGAGGUUUGGCUUUAGUGAGAGACACCACAGCCUCCUUGCCCUGCUCUGGCCAUGUGGGUCCCCAGCCUGGCUGACCCCAGCAGCAGGCAGAAUGGCCUUGGAGAGCGCCUGGGCCCGAGACAGGCCUCACGUGCCACCUGCAGAUGGUGAGAAGCUGACCAGUGUGACCGACGGCCGGGGGGUCCAUGCUGCGCCAUCCACACAGAGGGCUGAGGACUCCAGUGAGAGCCGUGAAGAGGAGCAGAUGCCCGAAGGUCAGGAUCUAGAUAUGCUGUUUCCUGCAGGGGCUGGGAAGCUGCCACUGAACUUCACCCAUCAGACACCCCCAUGGCGGGAGGAGUACAAGGGGCAGGUGAACCUGCACGUGUUUGAGGACUGGUGUGGGGGCGCCGUGGGCCACCUGAGGAGGAACCUGCACUUCCCGCUGUUCCCUCAUACUCGCACCACCGUGAAGAAGUUGGCCGUGUCCCCCAAGUGGAAGAACUAUGGACUCCGUAUUUUUGGUUUCAUCCACCCAGCGAGGGAUGGAGAUGUCCAGUUUUCUGUGGCCUCAGACGACAACUCGGAGUUCUGGCUGAGUCCGGACGAAAGCCCCGCUGCUGCUCAGCUUGUGGCCUUUGUGGGCAAGACUGGUUCCGAGUGGACAGCGCCUGGAGAAUUCACCAAGUUCAGCUCCCAGGUGUCCAAGCCCAGGCGGCUCAUGGCCUCCCGGAGGUACUACUUUGAGUUGCUGCACAAGCAGGACGACCGCGGCUCGGACCACGUGGAAGUGGGCUGGCGAGCUUUCCUGCCCGGCCUGAAGUUCGAGGUCAUCAGCUCUGCUCACAUCUCCCUGUACACAGAUGAGUCAGCCCUGAAGAUGGACCACGUGGCCCACGUCCCCCAGUCUCCAGCCAGCCACGUGGGGGGGCGUCUGCCGCAGGAGGACACCAGCGCAGACAUGCUGCGGCCAGAUCCCAGGGAUACCUUUUUCCUCACUCCGCGCAUGGAAUCUUCGAGCCUGGAGAACGUGCUGGAGCCCUGUGCCUACGCCCCCACCUACGUGGUCAAGGACUUCCCCAUCGCCAGAUACCAGGGACUGCAAUUUGUGUACCUGUCCUUCGUUUAUCCCAACGACUACACCCGCCUCACCCACAUGGAGACGGACAACAAGUGCUUCUACCGCGAGUCUCCGCUCUACCUGGAGAGGUUUGGGUUCUAUAAGUACAUGAAGAUGGACAAGGAGGAGGGGGACGAGGAUGAAGAAGAGGAGGUGCAGCGCCGAGCCUUCCUCUUCCUCAACCCGGACGACUUCCUGGACGACGAGGACGAGGGGGAGCUGCUCGACAGCCUGGAGCCCACGGAGGCGGCCCCGUCCAGGAGCGGCCCCCCGUCCCCCGCCCCAGCGGUCCACGCGGAGCCCGGAGCCACCCCUGCUCCGCCAACCCCUCCCCGCCCCCGGGACGAGGGGGCCCCCAGGCACUCCCGGGCCCUGAGCUGGGCCUCCCGGGCCGCCCGCCCCUUGCCGCUCUUCUUGGGCCGAGCUCCGCCCCCGCGCCCUGCAGCGGAGCAGCAGCCCCCGAAGGUGUACGUGACCAGGGUGCGGCCGGGACAGCGGGCAUCCCCCCGGGCCCCAGCGCCGCGCGCGCCCUGGCCGCCCUUUCCCGGCGUCUUCCUGCACCCCAGGCCUCUGCCCAGGGUGCAGCUGCGGGCGCCCCCACGCCCACCCCGGCCCCACGGCCGCAGGACCGGCGGCCCCCAGGCCACACAGCCGAGGCCCCCAGCCAGGGCGCAGGCCACCCAAGGGGGCCAGGAGGGCCAGGCGCGCACGCUGGGACCUGCGGUGCCCACAGUGGACUCAAACUUGUCCUCCGAAGCGCGGCCCGUGACCUCCUUCCUGAGCUUGUCCCAGGUGUCCGGGCCACAGCUGCCCGGGGAGGGCGAAGAGGAGGAGGAAGGGGAGGACGAUGGGGCCCCGGGCGACGAGGCUGCGUCGGAGGACAGCGAGGAGGCCGCGGGCCCGGCGCUCGGACGCUGGCGUGAGGACGCCAUCGACUGGCAGCGCACGUUCAGCGUGGGCGCCGUGGACUUCGAGCUGCUGCGCUCGGACUGGAACGACCUGCGGUGCAACGUUUCGGGGAACCUUCAGCUGCCGGAGGCGGAGGCUGUGGACGUGACGGCUCAGUACAUGGAGCGGCUCAACGCGCGCCACGGCGGGCGCUUCGCGCUUCUACGCAUCGUGAACGUGGAGAAGCGCCGGGACUCGGCGCGAGGGAGUCGCUUCCUGCUGGAGCUGGAGCUGCAGGAGCGCGGGGGAGGCCGCCUGCGACUCUCCGAGUACGUCUUCCUGCGGCUGCCAGGAGCCCACGUGGGGGAUGCAGACAGAGGAAGUCCCGAGCCCGCUCCCCCGGCCUCUGUGCGCCCCGAUGGCCGCCCCGAGCUCUGCCGGCCACUGCGCCUGGCCUGGCGGCAGGACGUGAUGGUUCACUUCAUCGUGCCAGUGAAAAAUCAGGCGCGGUGGGUGGCGCAGUUCCUGGCGGACAUGGCUGCGCUGCACGCGCGCACCGGGGACUCGCGUUUCAGCGUCGUCCUGGUGGAUUUCGAGAGCGAGGAUAUGGACGUGGAGCGGGCCCUGCGCACUGCGCGCCUGCCCCGGUACCAGUACCUGAGACGAACCGGGAACUUCGAGCGCUCCGCCGGGCUGCAGGCGGGAGUGGACGCGGUGGAGGACGCCAGCAGCAUCGUGUUCCUCUGCGACCUGCACAUCCACUUCCCACCCAACAUCCUGGACGGCAUCCGCAAGCACUGCGUGGAGGGCAGGCUGGCCUUCGCGCCGGUGGUCAUGCGUCUGAGCUGCGGGAGCUCGCCCCGGGACCCCCACGGUUACUGGGAGGUGAACGGCUUUGGCCUUUUUGGGAUCUACAAGUCGGACUUUGACCGGGUCGGAGGCAUGAAUACGGAAGAGUUCCGAGACCAGUGGGGGGGUGAAGACUGGGAGCUCCUGGACAGGGUCCUGCAGGCAGGGCUGGAGGUGGAGCGACUCCGGCUGCGGAACUUCUACCACCACUACCACUCCAAGAGGGGCAUGUGGAGCGUCCGCAGCAGGAAGGGCUCUCACACGGGGGUGUCCUGAGGACGGGCAGCCCCUCCCAGCCCCGGUGGGAGUCCGGAGGCAGCUGCUGGGGGCUGGGCUUUGAGCUUGGUCCCGAGGGACCCGGCAGGGCUGGUCAGAGGGGCACAGCCACCACCUGUGCCUGUUCCUCUCUGGCCCACUGGGCCCCGGCGUCAUGCCCCUCCCUGGAGAGGCAGCCUUCACAGCGGGUCAGGGCCUGGCCUUGGUCCCCACUCUGCGAUGAUUUCUGUGAAAUUUUGCUGUAGCGACGACAUUGUUUUCAGGAUUUCCAAGAGUUCUGUCUGUUCUGUUUUUUAUUCAGAAUGAAAUGAAAUAUUUUUUUUAGUUCUGA